AUGCUGCUCGUUCUCAACGAAGCCCCUGCACCUCCAGUGACAGCCGCCUCUCGUGUUAUUUCUGGUGCCACUCAAGAGCGUACACAGCGGGUACAGCAGGCACCGGCGCCCGCAGCUCGAACGCCGCAGCGGCAGCAACUUCCUGCCACAUUGCCCUUCGAUUUCUCAAGCAUCGUCGUGGACGGUGGUCGAGUCGCUCAGUUCCCCGCGGGGGGGAAUAAUGGGCCACCCCCAAGCACAUCUUCUGCGCCUGCUUCCAGUACUGCCACCUCCCCACUUGCCCCUGCAGGGGGAACUGCUGCUGCGUCAUUGACAUCUACCAUAGAUGCACAGGUAAAAGCACUGAUCCGGCGCCGCGCAGAAGAGGCGGUGGCCGCAGCAACAGCGGAUCCCGCAUCCCUGAGCAUCAUCCGAGUACAGAAUCCAGUCAUUGGAGAUGCCAUAAAAGCUGCUGUAGAUGAGCGCCAGGCAGCUACUCUUCCAAGAGGAACAGAUGCAGCUCAACCAGCGGAGGCUGGAGCAGCGAUGAAGCAGUUGAUGGAACUCCUAGAAAAAGAAUAUGAAGCUCAGAAAAAGGUAAGGUGCAAGCAUGUUGUAGGGGGCCCACCCGGCUCUGUUGCCUCUGCUGCUCUUGCUGCUGCCUGCUCCAUCUUAGCCUGCGUUGACAGACUGUACGACUGCAUCGAGAAGCAGCAACUGCAACCAAAACAAAUCUAUGCAAUUCUGUCUCCCUGUACAGGCUGA